AUGAUUGUGAAAAACUAUACAGGUGAUAAACUCAACUUCGGACUCGCGGCUGAGAAAGCCAAGGCGGAAUACGGACGGAACGUAGGCGUUGUCUUCGUGGGGGAGGACGUUUCUGUUGAGGGGAACUCCCUCGUUGGACAGAGGGGGUUGGCAGGUGUAGUGCUUGUAUUGAAGGUGGCAGGCGCCAAAGCUACGAAAGGUGUGGUCCUCGAGGAAGUUAUGAGGGUGGCACAGAAGGCCGCAAAUCGCAUGGCUACUGCUGCUGCAAGUCUGGACAGAUGUAGCGUUCCAGGAAGAGAAAACCAGGAGUCACUACCUUUUGGCGAGGUUGAGUACGGCAUGGGCAUCCACAACGAGCCCGGUGUACGGCGUGAAGUACUUGCAUCUCUUGAAGAAAGCAUCGAGAAGGUUAUUAAUAUUUUACUUGCUGAACGAACAAAUGGAUGGAAUAUGGCAGCUAACAUGGACCUUGCGCUUAUGAUAAAUAACCUCGGUGGCCUAAGUCAGCUUGAGCUCAAUGUGAUUGCUGAUGAAGUUCUUUCCCAGCUUCAAAAAAGAGGUUUAAAUAUUAAGAAGUUGAUGGUAGGAUCAUUUCUUACUUGUUUGGACGCUCCUGGAUUCUCAGUAACUCUCUUGGAACUGGACAUCGAAAUUGAGGAAUUACUAGACGCACCUACCUCUGCGCCGGCUUGGCCUCAUACGAUAUGGAAGACGGACGUCGUGAGAUCACAAUGUGUGAGGCUACCUGCCAUGAAGGACCAUUCGGGCGUACUUCACGAGCGAGUAGAGGAUUAUGUUGCCUCCGAUUCUUCCCGAUAUGAUCUUGUGGCAAUAGACAUUGGUGUUGUUGCGGAAGUGGUGGAUGCUAUUGAAAAGUCUACGGUGGAGGAUGAGCCCUUGAUUACCAAAUACGAUACAAUAGCCGGAGACGGAGACUGUGGAGAAACUCUGUUGAACGGUGUCAACGCUCUUGUAAGGCUCUUUAACGGUUACCAUGGUCCUAAGAUGACACUAUAUGAGAUUUUCAGGCUAGCUGCAACAGCAGCGGAGCGCGGUAUGGGGGGCACCUCUGGGGCAAUUUAUGCUAUUUUUCUUAACGCUGUAUCGACGUCACUGGCGAAAUCCUCAGACUCAUCGACUUCAAAAAGCGUUCCAGAGCUACUCAAACAAGCUCUUCUAGAGGGAUUGCAAGAUCUCUAUAAAUAUACGCUUGCUCGGAGAGGUCACCGGACACUUAUGGAUGCGCUGAUUCCGUUCGUCGAAACUCUCCAAGAAAGUAGUCUUCAGGAAGCAUAUGCGAAAGCGCGGCAAGGAGCAGAAUUGACGAAGAAUAUGACAGCCACAUUGGGAAGAGCCAGCUAUGUUAGCAAAACUGUUUUU